AUGGCUCACCGUCCCGACGCGCUCCUCAGCGCCAUCAGCUCCAGACGCACAGUGCAGCGGCAGCAGAGCACCAAGCUCCCCCUCUACAUGAUGCAGCUCUACCGGACUAUGCUGACCGAGGACCGCCGGGCUGCUGUCCCCAUGAGCCCGAUCAGGGCCGAAGAUAACCCGGGUCUGCACGACUCCGACUCUGUCAUCAGCCUCGUCGCUAAAAGUUGCCACCAGGUUGGAAAACGGUGGUCAGUCACCUUUGACAUGUCCUCCAUGUCAGCAAGCGACGACAUCCAGCUGGCUGAGCUUCGAAUCCGCCUGCCCGCCUUCACCGAGUCCUCCCGAGCCUCUGUGGACAUCUACCACUCCCAGAAAGUCCAGUGUUCUGACUCCCACUGCCCACAGAAGAGGCUGUUCCUGGGUCACCUGAGGGCUCACCCCAAUUCUGCGGCAUCCACUUCCUCCUGGAAGGUGUUCAACAUGACAGAGAUGCUUCACCACUGGCUGCAGCAGGAGCACACUGUGCAGAUAAUGAAUGAUGCGGAGGAGGAGGUCAGAGAAGGAGAGCAGGAGGGGGUCCAGCACCAUACAACAGACAGGGUCAUGAUGGUGGUCUUCUCCAGGCAGAACACCAACAGGACGCCGACCAUCAUCCGCACAGCAGAGCACUCCAAGUAUGUCGGCCUGAACAAGGAGCGGGCGGUGGAUGAUUCAAGCAGCUCCAGGAUGAGGAGCAAGAGGCACCACAGGACCCAGGAGCAGAGGCGGAGGCAAACCAGAGCUGCUCCUGCUCACAAGCCAGCAGAGGUGGAGAAGAAGGGUCCUCUGUGCAGGAAGGUGGACAUGUGGGUGGACUUUGAGAAGCUCGGCUGGAGUGAGUGGAUCGUUUAUCCUAAACGGUACAACGCCCAUCGCUGCGAGGGGAGCUGUCCCACACCAGUAGACGAGACCUUCACCCCGACCAACCACGCAUACAUGCAGAGUCUUCUGAAUCUUCAUCACCCACACAAGGUGCCGUGUCUGUCAUGUGUGCCGACGCGCCUGGCCCCACUUUCCAUGUUGUACUACGAGAACGGACAGAUGGUCAUGAGGCACCACGAGAACAUGGUGGUGGAGGAAUGCGGCUGCCACUGA